AUGCGGUACGGAUCCUCUGUUGGGGUUGCGGUAGGGACAAUCUCUGUUGAGGUUCUAGUGGUGGUGCUUUGUGUUGAGGUUCCAGUGAUAGAAGACACCCCCGUGGAUGAUGUUUGCUUGGUAGAAGAUGUCUUUGAGGGUUUAUUGGUAGAAGAAGUGCCCUCGGAUGAUGUCUUUGUCUGUGAAGAUGUUGCCGAGGUCUUCUUGGUAGAAGAAGCACUCGUGGAUGAUGUUUCCGUGUGUGAAGAUGUUGCCGAGGUUUUCUUGGUAGAAGAAGCACUCGUGGAUGAUGUUUCCGUUUGUGAAGAUGUUGCCGAGGUCUUCUUGGUAGAAGAAGCACUCGUGGAUGAUGUUUCCGUGUGUGAAGAUGUCACUGAAGUUUUCUUGGUAGAAGACAUCUUCGUGGACGAUGUUUUCCUGUCUGAAGAUGUUUCUGAGGGUUCAUUGGUGGAAGAGGGCUGGGAGGACGUUAAGCUAGGUGAAGACGUCUUUGACGAUUCAGUGGUAGGAGAAGAUGAGGGGGUUGUCAGACUCUUUGGUGAUGUCGUUGUGGAUCCAGGGUUGGUCUUUUUCGUCGACGUUCUGGUGACGGAGGAGGAUGAGGGUGACGACGAGGAUGUCGGCGUCUGGGAUGAUCUUGUUGAAGAUCCAGUGCUGAUCGUCACGGUGGAUGUUAAGGUCUUGGUGGAUGUGUCUUGCGACGAUGUUUCAGAGCUGAUAGAGGAUGACGACGUCGUCACCUUACUCCAGGAUGUUGGGGUUCCGCUAGAGGACGAGGUCGUUUCAUGCGAUGAGGUUCCAGGGCUAGUAGAGGGCGAGGAUGUUGGGGUUCUGGUGGACGUUUUUUGUGAUGAGGUUCCAGGGCUGGUAGAGGGCGAGGAUGUUGGGGUUUCGGUGGACGUUUUAUGCGAUGAGGUUCCAGGGCUGGUAGAGGGCGAGGAUGUUGGGGUUCUGGUGGACGUUUUUUGUGAUGAGGUUCCAGGGCUGGUAGAGGGCGAGGAUGUCGGUGAAGGUGAUGAGCUUCUAGUGAUGGUAGUGUGCGUUGAUAGUGUAGUGGUGGUAGAUGGCCAGGAUGACGAAGAAGAUGUUGAAUCGGUUGAAGACGUCGUCUUUGCGGAGCUCGUUGUACUAUUUCUCGGACGAGUAGAGGUUUCCGUUGGCACCAAAUCACUGCUGCUGCUGCUACUGCUUGUGAGUAUAGUGGAUGACGUUCCAGGAGACCUCGUGUCCGAGGUGCUUGUUCUUGGUAAGCUUUCCGUCGUGGAUGGUGUAGUUCUAACAUCACUCGUCUUUGACGGGCUUGUCGUUAUCACCGUUGUGGUCCGAACGUCACUGCUGCUGCUGCUGCUGCUGCUGCUGCUUGUGAGUAUAGUGGAUGACGUUCCAGGAGACCUCGUGUCCGAGGUGCUUGUUCUUGGCACGCUUUCCGUUGUGGAUGAUGUACUAGUUCUAGUAUCACUCGUCUUUGAAGGUUUUGUCGUCGUCACCGUUGUAGUUCGAACAUCACUUGUCUUUGAAGGGUCUGAAGUCGUGGCCGUUGUAGUCCGAUCGUCACUCGUGCGCGACGGGUCUGAAGUUGUCACCGUUGUGGGAAGGACCGUCGUUGUAGUAGAUGGGCUUGGAUCCGGAGUUACUGUCACGGUCGUCACCGUUGUGGUCACAACGAUUCCUGUCGGUGUGGUGGACGGAUUUGGACCCGGAUUUACUGUCACAGUCGUCACCGUUGUGGUCACAACGAUUCCUGUCGGUGUGGUGGACGGAUUUGGACCCGGAUUUACUGUCAAAGUCGUCAUUGUGGUGGUGCUCAUCUCUGAAGCGAGAAAUCCAAUAAUCAGGGAGGGCGGUGCGGCAGUGGACGUCGUCACCUUCACAGACACAUCCGAAUAUGUCGGGGUCCGGUGGCGGGGUGGCUUCCGCUUGCCCAACAUUGUAAUUGUUCCUUCUGGUGUGACACCCGCGAUUCAAGGGACCCACGCCUACAGAACAGUCGACUUCGAGGUCGGGAGGCACGUUGUCCACCGCAUCGAAGACCGGUGCCGCAAGGAUACCUACGGCACCGGCAAAGAGAACAAGAAUCGCCUUGUACAUUGA